AUGAAGCAUCUAUCUGGCGGUGGCGGUGAAGGGAAUUCAAUUGGUUUGGUGAGGAGGAUUAUGCAAACGAUUAUGGUUUUUGUUGGAUUUGCUGUUCUUUCCAUGUUUCUCUACAAUAACAACUCUGCUUCUCGCUUUGCUUUUCCAGCUACUAUCUCACACUACUUCAAUGCUUUCUCCUCGCAAGAAUAUUAUGAUCCAAACCUUAAAAACAUUCUUAAAAACGCAUCAAUGAAGGACAAAACAGUGAUACUCACAACAUUGAAUGAUGCAUGGGCAGAGCCAGGUUCAAUAUUUGAUCAAUUUCUUGAGAGUUUUCAAGUUGGUGGGAACCAAACACAGAAGCUAUUGGAUCAUCUUGUAGUAAUAACUUGGGACCAAAAAGCAUAUUCUCGUUGUGUUGAUUUGCAUAAAUAUUGUUAUCAACUUCAAACAAAAGGUGAUAAUUUCACUAGUGAAGCUUUUUUCAUGACUCCAAGUUACUUGCAUAUGAUGUGGAGAAGAAUUGAAUUUCUUGGUACUGUUCUUGAGUUGGGAUACAGCUUUGUGUUCACGGACACUGAUAUAAUGUGGCUAAGAGAUCCAUUCCCACAAUUUUACAAAGAAGCUGAUUUCCAAAUUGCUUGUGAUUUUUUCAAUGGAAACUCCUAUGACUUACACAACUAUCCAAAUGGAGGAUUCACCUAUGUAAGAUCCAAUCCAAGAACAAUUUGGUUCUACAGAUUUUGGUACAAGUCAAGAGUAUCAUAUCCAACUAAGCAUGAUCAAGAUGUUCUAAACAAAAUCAAAAUGCACCCCUUAAUUACAACUAAGAAGCUCAAGAUUAGGUUCUUAAGCACCGGUUACUUUGGAGGGUUUUGUCAAUCUGGCAAGGAUUUUAGUAAAGCCACAACAAUGCAUGCUAAUUGUUGUGUUGGUUUGGAGAAUAAAGUUGAAGAUCUUAAAAUUGUGCUUAAGGAUUGGAAAAACUAUAUGGGAUUGAAUGAAAAUCAUAGGAAAAAUUCACACCCUUCUUGGAAUGUGCCAAAAAGUUGCAGGGGUUCCUUUGAACGUGCUAGAGAAAAGAGGAAAAAAAAUAAAGGGAGGUUGUAA